CAUCAUUACUAGGACACUUCGACACAAAAGAAUGUCUGAGCUAGCAGAGACAGUGGUGGAGCCCACAUUUGUGGAUGUGUCCACGCCGCCGCCACCACCGUACAAUGAAGAGGAGCAACAACAGCAGCCGCCGCCCCCAUACUCCGAAGACCUGUCCGGAGACCCCGAGGUUAAAGGUGACACGGCGGAAUGCGAGUCCUCCCCCGAUACGAAACCCGAGUCUGCACCGGAAGUCGUUCCGCUUUACGAGUCGCCUGCUUUCCAGGACAAGGCUGUCAGGAGGGCAUUUGUUCGGAAGGUGUUCAGCAUCCUGACCCUCCAGCUGGUGUUCACCUUCACAGUGGUGUGCGUCUUCACCUUCUCCGACGUCGUCAAGAAGGUGGUGCAGGCCAACUUGUGGGCCUACAUCAGCUCCUUCUGCAUCUUCGCGGUGGUCGCCAUCACCCUCAGCUGCUGCAAGUCCUUCAGUCGCCGUCACCCCUGGAACAUUGUGGGCCUGGCCAUCAUCACUGUCAGCCUCUCAUACGUGGUUGGAACCAUGGCCUCCUACCACAACACCAGAUCUGUGGUCAUCACCAUGGCGUCAACGCUGGUCAUCUCCUUCACCAUCAUCGCUUUCUCCACACAGACACGCUAUGAGAUGGGCAUUUGUCACGGCCUCCUGCUGAUCCUGGGGGUGGACCUGUUGAUGUUUGGCGUGUUCAGCACCUUCUACUACUCGUACAUCGCUGAAGUCUGCUACGGAUCUUUAGGCGCUCUGCUCUAUGCUUUGUUCCUGAUGAUGGACUGCCAGAUGAUGAUGGGACUGAUGGGCCACCGCCUGGAUCCCGAGGAGUAUGUCACCGCCGCUCUGAUGAUCUACCUAGACAUCAUGCUCAUCUUCAUCUACUUGCUCGGGAGGCGGUGAAAGACUCAAAUUUUCCUUUAUUUUUCUUUCUGUUUAAAAAUGGAUGAUCAACAACGCUCCUUUUACACUCACUGCAUUAUACAAUGAAUUAAGGCUAUGUCCAUAAGUAACUUUUAAAAGCUAAUGCUUGCCAAACCAAUUAGCCAAUCAGAAGAUUGGAGAUUUUGGGGGGAAAAGCCACAUGCAUUUUUGCAAACUAUUGUGUUCAGCGACCUACAGGACAUUAUAUACAGUACCUUGACAUACCAUUCUAAGAAUAGCUGCAAUUGUGUGGACAUGGCCUUAAACCGUAAAUCACGUUCUUCAACAAUAUUGAGCAGUAAGACACAUCAAAUCACCAAUGUGAUGUUUGAAAUGACCUCAUUCUGUUAAAUAAAAAGCUA